AUGAGUGAUGACUACGUGACACAAGGCUCCAAGACCGCAGCAGCUGCUGGCAGUUCCGGUCCGUCCUGCCGACCUCCGUGGGUCACGGACCCCAACUUCGCUGACCGCUACCGUCCAGAUAAAACCAGUACCGUGGUGACCCAGCACCAGCAGCCCGUCCAGCCCACGCCCAUGCAGAACCGCAGCUCCAUCCUGCAGGCGGUGCAGCCGGCACCUGAAGGCAGCGGGAGGACCCCAGUAUGUGGCGCCUGCAACAAAGUCAUCAGGGGUCGGUACCUGGUGGCUCUGGGACGCUCUUGGCACCCUGAAGAGUUUACCUGCUCGCAGUGUAAGGCGGUCCUGGAGGAGGGGGGCUUCUUCGAGGAGAGGGGCUCCGUCUUCUGUACAAAGUGCCAUGACAACCGCUACGCUCCCACCUGCGCCAAGUGCAAGAAGAAGAUUGCAGGGGAGAUCAUGCAUGCUCUGAAGAUGACCUACCAUGUUCAGUGUUUCAAGUGUGCCGCCUGCAAAACCCCCAUCAGGAACCAGGCCUUCUACAUGGAGGAGGGGGAGCCUUACUGCGAGAGAGACUAUGAAAAGAUGUUUGGCACCAAAUGCCACGGCUGCGACUUUAAGAUUGAUGCCGGCGAUCGCUUCCUGGAGGCCUUGGGCUACAGCUGGCACGACACGUGCUUCGUCUGCGCCCUCUGCCAAAUCAACCUGGAGGGGAAAACGUUCUACUCAAAAAAGGAUAAGCCCCUGUGCAAAGGCCACGCUUUCGCUCCAGUGUGAGAGAGCCAGCCACGUCUUCAGAGGAAACGCUUCUCCCUCCGCCUCCUCUUUAUCCCUUUCCACCCUCUGACAAACUCCACACUCCCUCCAACCACUUUGCCAGCCACACACAGAGUUCAGCUCCUCCUGUAUCCCGCAGACUUUGUUUUUAUACUCGACUUAACGCCAGCUCCACGAACGUCCACCUCCCUGAGCUCUCCUCUGACCUCAGCACCCGUAAAGUCAAACGCUGCGUUGCCCAACUGGGACGUAAUCGAGAAACAAGCUGAUUUUAAAAUGAGUCUCUCUCAAGAAAUAAAAAAACAAUGUCACUUUUUGUGCAGAUUUAUUAGCAGGUGUCGGUCAGGAAAUGUCUCUGCUCAUCCUUGUUCGUUCUGAAGUAACUUCAAGUCAGCGUCUCCACGCUGAAGGAGUCGUCGAGCCUCUAAUAAUCUCAGAUUGAGGUAAUGAGCUGCCCGUUCUCCUGCUGGAAGUGCAAAGUGCCGACCCCCACGCAGGACCCCGGCCCACUCGUCGACUCCUACAGCAGCUUCAUUUAAUAAAUGGAAGCCAGCCGAGCAGAAAAGGACUCGUCUCUGUUCAAAUAGCCCCCCCCCCCCAAAAGAAUAUAAAUGUUGGAGGUUGGUGCAGUUUUAUAUGGAUUAUACGUCAAAACCCUUCAUGUGUAGAUUUAAAUAGUUAAAAGAGAACUUUAAGUGUUUCACAUU